ACUUCCGGGAUUCGGCCUGUCGAAAAAUGAAAGCACGCAACUUUGAGAAGAAAAUUUCAAAGCAGUAGCAUUAUAUGUGGUACUGUCGACGCACAUAUCACAAGGUACACAACUAUUGAAACAUGAGGCUCCAGAAAGCAUUAUUCCGUGGGGUUUCAUACUCUUGCAACGUGAAUGCAAGAAUUUCUCUAUGUCGUCUUCAAGAUAUAAGCCCAAUAGGAAAGAUGAUAUCUAGGUUAUCAUCUACUACUUCAUCAACAAAAUUGACCUCUUCAUCAGUUCCAGAUCAGUGCAAUACAUCACCAGCCUAUGACGCCCAUGUUAUAAAAACAGAACAUGUAAAACUAGUAUGUAAUGAUUGUAACAGAUUCAAAGACAUUUUGUCACAAAACUCAACAAACAAUCAUUCCAAACUGUACAAUAAGUCUUUGUGGUCUCUACAUAAUGAAUCAUUGACUCAUACCAGACAUGUGAUGAACAAUAUGCCAUGUGUCAGUAACUUCCAUUCCAUGAAGAACUCUGAUCUGUUCAACAAGAGAAAAUUGAUGGACCCAUCAGUAUACUUGACACACCCACUAAACCGAUGCCUGACUGUGUCUCCUAAAGGGAUCCUGGACGCGUCUCCAAAAAUGAUUCAACCCUAUUUGAGACUUAUCAGAUUUGAUAAACCUAUAGGUACCUACUUGCUAUACUGGCCAUGCACAUGGAGCAUUGCCAUGGCAGCGACCCCAGGUCACCUUCCUGACCUCUGGCUGUUGACCUUGUUUGGGGCGGGAGCCUUCUUCAUGAGAGGGGCUGGUUGUAUUGUAAAUGACAUGUGGGACAGAGACAUUGAUAAGAAGGUUGAACGAACAAAACUCCGGCCUCUAACCAGCGGUGAGCUGAGCAUGUUCCAGGGCCUUGUCUGUUUAGGAGGGAUGUUAUCAGUAUCACUGGCAAUACUUUGUCAGCUCAAUAUGUUCAGUAUCAUACUGGGGGCGUCGUCCAUGUUGCUGGUGAUUCUGUAUCCACUGGCCAAGAGGUACACCUACUGGCCCCAAGCUAUGCUAGGCCUGACCUUCAAUUACGGGGCCCUGUUAGGCUGGGCUGCAGUGCAGGCCUCUGUCGACCUAUCCGUAGUGCUGCCGCUGUAUGCCAGUUGUUUCGCUUGGACUCUUUUGUACGACACCAUUUAUGCUCAUCAAGAUAAAUAUGACGAUAUGCUGAUUGGCGUUAAGUCUACGGCCCUAAGGUUUGGUGACCAGACUAAGUACUGGUUGUCAGGGUUUGGUGUAGUGAUGAUCAGUGGACUGACCACGACAGGAAUCAUGUGUGACCAGACAUGGCCGUACUACACAGCAGUGGCCUUUACCUGCGGUCAUCUGUUCCACCAGAUUUGGUCAGUUGACCUGGAUAAUGCAGACGAUUGUGCGGCCAAGUUUCGCUCCAACACGCGACUUGGAUUCCUCAUGUUCCUGGGGGUUACCAUGGGAACCCUGCUGAAGGUGGCGGAGGAGGACGAGAAGGAAAACAAGAUCAAAGCAAUGUGAAAUCUUAGAUUCUGUGAUUGUGGUUGUUUAAAAGCUUCACAAUGCAAAAUAUACUUGUGGACUCUACAUUAAAAUGUAAAUUCCACUUACGUUGUUAUACGUUGUUAUAUGUGCCAUGACACUGUGUACUUCAUGUCUGCUAUAGAUUAUUAUAUAAA